AGGUUCCAGUGAAACCAUGAACAUACAACCCUACAGGAAACCAGAAUAUACCACCUCUGCAACAACAUCUUUAUGUCCCACGAAAAUCACACCUCGAGUGAGACAGCCUCAGAGAUGACAAGAUGGAAAUAUUUACCUUAAAGAGAGAAUACCAAGAACUCCACAUGUGGUUACGAGAACAGCAAAACACGCCCAAUAAGGCGAAGUGAGAGGUUUUUUUUCAGCAUUGAGACCAAAGUUAUCAACAGAUUUCAAGACUCAGGAUGAAAACUGGAUCUGUUGUCUUCUUUUUAAUCCUUCCCAUGUCAUUGGAGGCAUGCUGCGGUAACAACCAUCCAAAAAAAAGGACAGGUCUCAUGAAGAAUAUGACACACAUGCACUACAAAGCUGUGGAGGGGGAACACUUCAUGAUUCCCUGCCUGAAACCAGUCCAUCAGCUGGUCCAGGUGGUGUGGUCCAGGAUUGGAAAAGGCAAAGAGGAUCACGAAGGCCUGACCUUUAACUGUGGGAGGAAGUUCUUAGCUGAAGCAAAGUAUUCUGGGAAUUACACCUGCCUUCAAAGUGGCAGCAAACUGUUCUUCUAUCUGCAGGUGGUGAAGAGGAACAGCUCAGGACGCUUCAGUGACGAGGACAGCAGAGUUUAUCUGCUGAUUGGACAAGGUGCUAAGAUCCAGUGCCCAGGUCUCGACAGCAGCGACCACUCAGAAGCCGUCUGGUACAAGGAAAGCAAAGCUGUGUCUGAGCAGCAGAGAGCCUCCUGUGAGGAGAACGGAGAGUUACGUCUCUGCAAAGUCAGCGAACAUGAUACUGGAGUUUACUUCUGUGACCGACAAGUCCAAGAGCGAGGAGUCACCUGGACCCUCAGGAGGGCUGUGAAUGCCACAGCUGUGCCUCACUUGAAACCAAGUGGUCCUCCCAGCAUCAUGUUUCCUGACGGCAGCGGGACGGAGGAAGCGGAGCUCGGUCACUCCCACACUCUGACAUGCGAGGUGUCUUUUCCUUUUGAGAGAACGUUUUCUCCAACGGUGAGGUGGUUCAUGCAUCACAAUGGAAACACGGAGAACAUGACCGAGCAGCACACACUGAAACCGCAACAGGCGGAAGACACUAUAAGAGGGUAUACAGUCACCCAAAGAUCCAUCAUCAGAGAGGUUACUACACAACACUUCAACAACACGUUCACCUGCAUCGCCACCAACUCUGUGGGAAACGACAGCAUCACCAUCAAGCUCAAGAAGAAGAUUAAAGGUCAGUCAGUGGUCGUGUAUCCUGUUGCAUCGCUGCUGCUGGUAGCUGGACUGGGAGUUGCGUUGCAUGUGAAAUGGUUGGAGCUGCGGCUCAUCUACAGAUCCUACGUCCAACAAGGGAACCGUGAUGAAGAGGAGAGAGAAUUUGAUGUGUUUCUGUCGUUUGUGUGGAGCGACUCGUCGGCAGGAGAUUCAACCCUCCUCCCUCCAUCAGAAUGUUUCUCCAGGCUGCGCUCAGAGGACGAGAAGUUCACCCACAGACCACUAGAGGUGCUGUUACCCCAGGUGUUAGAGGACAUGUGGGGGUAUCGGCUCUGUCUGCUGGAGAGGGAUGUUUUACCUGGAGGAGCGUACACACAUGAUGUGGUCCUGUCGAUACAGAGGAGCCGGAUGCUGGUCUGUCUCCUGUCAGCUGAUUACCUCUCCAGCAGCAGUGCAGUGUUCGUGCUGGAGUCUGGCGUUAAGGCUCUGCUUCAGAGUGCAGGCCCUAAACUCCUGCUAAUAUGGACCAGUAGAUCCUCAGCAUCCCUCUUAAAGCCAGACCCCCCGCUGCCGGUCCUGGUCCAGAGGGCCUUGAAGGUGCUACCCAGUCUGGACUGGACCUCAGGCAAAUCUGCCGGAGCCACCAAGAACUUCUGGAAGUCUUUGUUGAGGGCGAUGCCUGAUCCCAGAAAAUCUCCAAACCGACACGACGUACAGAAUGUUUAUUUCACAUCGCAGCUUCAGCCUGAAACUCUUUGAAGACAAGUCAGAGACUCCAGAGAACAAAGAGAAAUCAAUAUUUAUGAUCAUAUUAGGCUGAUCAGGCUGUGCAGGAGAGUGUAAUCAGCAUGGUAUAGUAACCUCUCUGUUCAGCUGAAAUCCCCACUCUCGCCUGGUGCAGACUGCCAUGAAGGUCAUAGGAAAGACUGGCAACCCUUCCCUACAGGCCAUUUAUGAGCAGUCUGUUCUUGGGCAGGCUCAGAGAGAGUACUUUCAGAUCCAUUCUUUACUCUGAGUAUGAACUUUUACCAUCUGGAAGAAGGUACAGAGUUUCCAAAUUUGAACUGAAUUGUUUUAAAAAACUCCUUUAUGCCGAUCUCUAUCAGAGUUUUAAAUAUUUAAUAGCCUGUUAUGGUUGGGACAGUGUUAUGGUGCUCUCUCUUUAAGAGUAUGCUGUGUGAUGUGUGACUGUGUGUUAUUUAUUUAAAUUUUUAUGUGUGUUCUUGUUGUCAUUGUGAUCUUUUAAAGAGCAGGUAAUGUGUGCAGCACUGAUGUCAAAGACAAAUUUCCCUACAGGGACAAUAAAGGACUUCAUA